AUGCCUCUCACAGGGACUGACCUUGAAGCGCCCCUACUGGCUGCCGCAGACCACACUGGAGAGGUGCCCAGUGGAGGAGGAGUCGAGGAGAAGCCGAGUGGCGGGCAGAGGAACCCCGAGGAAGCUGCGAGCUGGUUAUCGGACCUCACGUUUGGGUGGAUGACUCCGUUGCUCCGACUAGGAUAUAAGCGGCCGUUGAUGGAUGGGGACUUGCCCGAAUUGGCAUCGUAUGAUCGUGUGGACCCCAUAGUCAACCGGCUCGAGACUGAUUUCGAAAAGCGAAAUCAGCAUCUCUUCAAGACCUGUGUGGGCAUCUGGUGGUCUCCUAUGCUGAAGGCAGCGUUAUGGAAGACGACCAACGACGGGUCGCAGGUUGCCCUGCCCAUGCUCAUGGGCUGGAUGCUGAGUACGCUCUACGAAGCUGCAGUAACGGGAGAAUGGAGCUAUGUUGAAUUGGCUUUCACUGUCGCCGUCCUUAUGUUCCUCACACAAGUCUUUGGAGCUCUCGGGGAAGCACAAUACUUUCAGCACUCUAUGAGAGUCGGUUGCCAGGUCAGGGCUACGCUAAUGUCGGCCAUUUUCAGGAAGUCUAUGAGGCUAUCGAUCGCCUCGAGACAGAACACUUCGAGCGGGAAGGUUUCCAACAUGAUCAGCUCCGACGUUGACGCCCUGCAGAUGCUAUGCAAUGUUGGCAAUACAGCGUGGAGUGGUCCACUCAGGAUUGCAAUAUCAAUGAUACUGCUGUAUAAGGAGCUGGGCAUGGCAUCGGUGAUGGGUGCUUUGGUGUUGGUAGUGAUGGUACCGGUCCAGAAGAAGAUCAUUGGUUGGCUCUUCUUGAAGAUCAAAGCCGCUCAGGGGUACACCGAUGAGAGGCUGCGACUGGUGUCAGAGACGAUGGAGGCGAUGCAGAUUGUGAAGUGUUAUGCUUGGGAGGACAGCUUUAAGUUGAAGACAGAGGAAGCUAGGGAUAAGGAACUAUCUAAACUGAAGGACUAUGCGGAAGUCAGAGCCUUCAAUAGCUUCCUCAUCAACGCUAUACCAGUAUUGGUAUCGGUAGUGUCCUUUGGGGCUUACGUACUCAUACCGGGCAACCCUCCUCUAACUGCGGUGAAAGCCUUCACAUCGCUAAGUCUUUUCAACGUCAUCCGCUUCCCCCUAAUGCAGCUGCCUAACGUCCUUAACCAGAUUUCGGCAUGCAUAGUGUCGAUCAAUCGUAUAGAGAGUUUCCUUAAACUCCCCGAGUUGGACGAGUCCACUCGUAUUAGGACCGCAUCGAAGGUGGACGAUUUGUCCCCGACCGACCACUUGGUAGUAGUACCCCAGUUGGACAUCAAUGUCACUAUUCCUAGAGAUAAGCUCACGAUCGUGAUAGGAGCCUCGGCUAGUGGCAAGUCUAGCUUCCUGCAGGCCAUCAUGGGUCAGAUGCCCAAGCUGGUAGGAUGCACGAGCGCUGGAGAAGGGGUGGCUUAUGUACCGCAGACAGCAUGGAUAUACAAUGCUACUGUAAGGGACAACAUCCUCUUUGGAGAGCCCUAUGAUGAGGAACGAUAUAAGCAAGCCAUCGAAUGCAGUCAGCUGGCCAGAGACCUCCUCAUCUUCCCAGCAGGUGACGCUACUGAGAUCGGCGAGAGAGGUGUGAACAUGUCGGGUGGCCAGAAGCAGCGAUUGGCUUUGGCCAGAGCGAUGUACUCUGAAUAUGAACUGGUCCUUAUGGACGAUCCCAUCAGUGCCUUGGAUGCAUCUGUAGCUAGAGCGGCCUUCCAAGAGGGUAUACAGGGCAUGAUGUUGGGUCGUACAAGAGUGUUGGUCACCAAUAGAGUAGAGUUCGUGCAUGCAGCCGACUGGGUUAUCGUUAUGGAUGGCAAGGGUGGUCUUGCUGGUGUUGGUACUCCUGCCGACCUCACUGAGAACUGCUCUGAGUUCCGGAGGUUGGUAUCUCUGGCCAAGUCAGAUGAUGCCAGUAUGAAUAACGACAAGUCCAAUAGCAGUUCUGGUGGCUCUGCUACUGAGUCUACAGCGGACAGUAGUGAGGAGAUGGCUAAGGAGAAGGAGGCGACGAAGGCAUUGGUGAAAACGGAGGAGAGAGCCACUGGCGCUGUACAGUGGAGAAUUGUCAAGUUGUAUGCUAAAGCUAUGACCUGGCCUAUCACCAUUAUUGGUAUGUUCACCUCUAGUGAAGGCUUCAGAGUUACAGCAGCGUGGUGGUUGUCUAAAUGGUCGGCUCAUCCCGAGUCCCCUGCUGCCCGUAAUGUGGCCUACUAUAUGGGGAUAUAUGGUGUCAUCUGCCUCUCCCAACUGGUCGCUCUAUUCUUCGGCCAGAUCAUGACGGCUAUUGGUGGCAUCACAGCUGCCAGGAACCUCCAUCGUCGGAUGUACGAUUGUCUGCUGCCCUUCGCACCAGUGUUGUUGGCCUUCUAUUACGUGCAGAACUACUACAGAUGCACUAGUCGAGAAGUGAAGAGGUUGGAUGCCCUCACUAGAAGUCCCAUAUACAACCACUUCCAGCAGACCCAGGAUGGCAUCUCGACUAUCCUGGCAUUCCGCAAGCAGGACGCCAUGGACGCCGUUAAUUCCUAUCUGAUAGACCAUCACAUUCGCUGUAAUGUGGUGCAGAUGUCCAGUAACCGUUGGUUGGCCAUCCGGCUCGAGGCCUUUGGUGGCUUCCUCGUGCUCAUAACGGCGGUCUUUCUGAUCAUGGCCCGCAAUAUUAUCAAUCAAGGCGUCGCUGGUUUGGCUAUCAGCAGUGCCUUGCAAAUAACUGCAGCGCUGAGUAUGUUGACGAGAGUGAUAGCGAUGGCCGAGAAUGCUUUCAACUCGGUGGAACGUAUCGUGGGGUAUUCUGAAGUGGAACCGGAAGCAGCCUCGGUGGUGGAGAGUAAUAGGACGCCCAAGGACUGGCCACAUGAUGGGAAGAUCACCUACAAGAUGGUCACAGCUCGAUACCGCUCUGAUCUGGCUCCAGUGCUGCGGAAUGUGAGUUUCUCCAUCGCGGGUGGCGAGAAGGUUGGCGUCAUCGGCCGUACGGGUGCUGGCAAGACAUCUCUGUUGCUGACUCUAUUCCGUAUCAUCGAAAUAGAGAGUGGCAGGAUCACCAUUGAUGGCAUUGACAUCUCGACGAUUGGCCUUCGAGAUCUGCGAUCAAAAUUGGGUAUUAUUCCACAGGAUCCCCUCAUCUUUGGUGGCACUUUGCGGUCUAACGUGGACCCUUUCGGCAAACACAGUGACGAAGAGGUGUCGAAGGCCUUGGCGAGUGCUCAUCUACGGAACAUGCCACUGAGCACGUCUAUAGCUGCUGGAGGAGGCAACCUUUCGGCAGGGCAGAGGCAACUGGUCUGUUUAGCCAGGGUCAUCUUGAGGAAAUCGAAGAUACUGGUCCUUGAUGAGGCCACGGCAUCGCUGGAUGCCCAGACCGACGCCUUGGUGCAGUUGACCAUUCGAGAGGCCUUUGCUGGGUGUACUGUGAUCACCAUUGCUCAUAGGCUCAGCACUGUUAUAGAUGGUCAUCGUAUUAUAGCAAUGGACCGAGGACAGAUAGUAGAGUCUGGUAGUCCCGCCGAGCUGCUUUCGAAUCCAGUUGGCCAUCUCACUCGUAUGGUGGAGGAUACUGGUCCUGCGUCAGCCAAGCAUCUUUAUGAGAUUGCCAUGGGUAAAGUUAGUUUGCAAGAGGAGCUGCAGACCCAGCUUGGUGGCACUGCUCGGGCUGGUUCGAAGUCUAUGGACGACCAGACAGUAGAGUGGAGGCCAUUGCCGACUUGUGAGCGUUGUGAGCAUUUCGCCAAGAUGUCAUUGGAGGAUCUCGAGAAUGUGGAGUUCCCAGCUGGGAGCUCGGCAGAGAACGCUAGGAUGGCUCUGAUGGAGCUAGCAUUAGCGGUGGAAGAUGUUGACUCAGAGCAGUGGCAACAGGUUUUACGGAGAGACCUACAGAUUAGCGAGGCUACGUGGUUACAGUCGAUGGAGAAAUGGACCGAGGAGUUACAUGACGAGGUAAAGGAGCAACGGAAGAGAUACCUCACGAAUGGUCACUACUUUGUCGAUGGACAGGACUUGCCGACGAACUAAUAGCAACUACUAUCAUACCAGAAUUUGAGUUAUGACUCGGUUCGCUCUCUCAUGCUAUUGAGGCAGUUUUCACUGAAGGGAGUUUUCCAGCGCCACCUUUUCGGAGCGGCAAAAUGCUACUCGACAUCGGCGGAGCGUAAUUUGGGUUUUAGUAUCAUUAGUGAUUUCCUCAGAGACUGCUACGAUUUCA